UAUAUUUAGUUUAUAUUUAGUUGUGCUACGUUUUCACCCAUAAAAUGUUAAGGGCAUUUUUAGGAGUGAGUGAGUUGUAUUAACUUCACUCACUGUUUGGUCAAAGAAAUUCUUAAAUUCAUUGUUAGAUCUACAAUUGAAAGCAUAUUGAAAACAUUGAGCUCAACGACAAAACAACCAGUCCUUAGAUAAAUCUUAGCAAGGUUAACCAUGGACCACAAAUUAAGUUCCAAAAAAGUCUAGAUAUAAGUCUUUAUCACUCACUCGCACAUAAAAAGAAAUCAAAUUUAAGAAUUAAAUAGGAAAAACAAUUAAUUGUAGAUUUUUCUCCAUUUAUUCCUUUUAAUAAUAAGAUCCAUUAGUAAGAUAAUAUUAUUAAUAUUUCAGCCUAAUAUGCCUUUGGGCCUUGGGGGGGUAUAUUGGGAUCCACAUAAAAAGCUUCAAUUCUCUUCCUCUAAAGUGAAUGAGCAAUACGCUCACGGGAUCCCAUAAUGGAAGAAUUAGAACCUCCCUCAGUGAUUAUGGCCGCCCUCGCCACCCUCUCUCCGCCGCGUCUCACCGAUCUCUCCCACUCCAUUUUCUCCGAGGUUCACCAACACCGCCGCCGCCUCACCUUCAUUCUCUCUUCCCCAACCCUCUUCUCCCUCACUCUCCGUCACCUCAAUUCCCUCUCCCUCUCCCACAAAUCUCUCCUCCUCGCCCGAUUCCUCCUCUCCGCCCUCCGCCGCCUCUCCCGCCCUUUCCAGUCACCGUCCAAGCUCCUCCCCUACCACCCUUCCACCGCUGCCAUCUCCCCUCAAGACCUCGACGCUGCCGUCCUCCUCCUCCUUCUCUGCGAGGUCCGGCAACACAAUCCAGCCGCCCUCCGAACUCCAAUCACCAAAUGGCGAGCGACCCUUUGUAGAAUCUACUCCGAAUCCCUCUUGACGAUCUCCGGACUCGCCACCGGCGGUGGAGGGGCUUUGAUUCCGUACAUUGACACGGUGGUGAGGUGUUGGAAAUUCGUGGGGUUUGUUGGUAGUUGCGGAGGGAAGGUCCGGAGAGAGGUGGCGGCGUCACCUAUGGCGGUGGUGGAGCUACCGUCAGUAGCGGUGGGCGGUGGCGGUGGGACGGUGGAAUGUGUGAUAUGUAAAGAGGAGAUGGGAGAAGGGAGAGACGCGUGUAAAUUGCCUUGUGACCACUUAUUCCAUUGGCUAUGUAUUUUGCCAUGGCUUAGGAAGAGAAACACGUGUCCUUGUUGUAGGUUUCAGCUUCCCACCGAUGACGUUUUCGGAGAGAUCCAACGGCUAUGGGAGAUCCUCUUCAAGGUGGGAUCCACCAUGUGUACAUCUGAUGGAGAUGAAUGACCAAAAUUGAGUGGUAUCAUGAACUUAUCAUAGAACCGGAUGGAGAGGAUAUAGGAUUAACACGUGAGAUGAACUUACACGUGCGGAGGAAACUUGGAGGUGUAUGAGGUAUAUGACCUAACUAAUGAGUCGUUAUUGGAUAUGAAGGGAGGGAGGGGGGAAGAUGGGCUUUCGAUAAAGACACGUGUGGUUCACCUUAUGAAGAUUCAAAUGAAUCUUUGUAUUUUUAUGAUUUUUUUUAGGAAUUGAGGAUAGGUUCUUUUUUUUUUUUUUUUUUUUUUUUGUGAAUAAAUUAUAUUUAUGUUAUGUGUAAAUUAUUUAUCCACUUAAUCGUUUUUUGUUUUUGUUUUUUUUUUAUACAGAAUACUAGAAUUGUGUAAUUGGCUUUUAUAGAUGAAUAAUGUUAUCUUAUCUUGCACCUCAA